CACUUCACUUUUUCUUUGUGUUUCGGGAGAUAAUUUUACCCGAUGCUUAUUUCACGCAACACGAGGGCGGCUGGGACAGGGCUCCUGCCUGGUGUACGACCAGUGGCCUCGAUAAUCUCUGGUCAAUAUAAUGUCCAAAUAGGGCUCCAGCUGAGAUAUAACGCUAAAUGGAAGCCACUGAUUAACGCAAGGAUGGCAAGUGGUGGAAACAGUCGUUCUUCCACGCCCGACGUGGACUAUACUGAAGCUGACACCGAGUCAGAUCAGAUGGACACUGAGGAUGUGUCGAAGAGCACGGAGAUGGAUCACCACGAGCCGUGCAUAAUGCCCAAUCCAAUAGAACGUGGCAUCAUGAUCCUGAGACGGGCAAAUUCAGACACGGAAAAAUUUGCCGCCCUCCUCAUGGUGACGAAACUCAUCAAGGCGGAACAGCUGGACGAAGAUUCAAAGAAAAGGAUAAUGGAUGCCGUGGGACUGGACUUCUUGGCGCGGCUCUUGAAGACCAGCGAUGUUCCGGAAGGCUGUCCUCCCUUCAUGUUUAAGUCCAUAGCCCUCACGAUUCUAACCUGUUUCAUUUCUUCCUGCGUGGGGAAUCCGACCCUGUACGGCCUCAUACCUGUGUUGAGCGACAUCAUAUCGAAGCCGGAAUUAUACGACGGUGAUUUGACUCUAGUAAAAGAUUCGUUUCAGUGCUUAAAAUGCAUUUCGUCGGAGAGGAGCGGAAGGAAAGCCAUAAUAGACUUCGAGGCGGUGGGGCCCCUUGUGGAUGCCUACGUUGCGGAGAGCUUCUGUUACGAGGAGGCGCUGGAAAUCUUGCUCUUAGUGUUGGCCGAGGAAGGUCCAAGGACGUGGGAGGAUGAACCGGAGGCUUUUACCAAACUUAUGGAUAAUAUGGCUCAUGAAUUUGCGGUCGACCAAACUGAAAGAAAGUUUAACCUGUGCGAGUUUAUCACAGAACUGUUACAAAGCUUGCCUCUUACCGCUACUUCGACAGGAAGUCCAUCUUGGAAGAAGGACUUGCACAAAGGGUUGUCUGAUAUGAUUUUAAGCAAAUUAGGUCGUGAACAAAGGGACAAAGCCUUAAGAUUGGCAGGUGUGGCCAUGGAGAGUCUUGGUGUUUCGUGGAUCUUGCAGGCGGAUAACGGGGCUCCAGCUGAUGGCAAGGGGAGGCAGGUGCUUUUAAUGAUGGUUCAUUUAGCUUGCAUUGAAGUCAGGAUGAGCCUGGAAGAUAAGACUUUCAAAGAGGCAGUUGCUUUAGCUUCCCCUACAACUGCUUGCUAUACAAUUCUUGAAUUAGCCAUCAACUUCUUGGUAAAUGGAACGUGGAUCUUGCAGGCGGAUAACGGGGCUCCAGCUGAUGGCAAGGGGAGGCAGGUGCUUUUAAUGAUGGUUCAUUUAGCUUGCAUUGAAGUCAGGAUGAGCCUGGAAGAUAAGACUUUCAAAGAGGCAGUUGCUUUAGCUUCCCCUACAACUGCUUGCUAUACAAUUCUUGAAUUAGCCAUCAACUUCUUGGUAAAUGGAGCAGUAAAUUUUGAACAAAAACAAAAACAGCAGUUGUAUGCUGCCUUGAAAGGGGCCUUCAAUGCUGUUCUGAUCUUUCUAAAAGCUUCAUUUGACGAAUCGUUUUCUGAAAAUCCGAGGAAUCACCUUUUUGUGUGUGCCACCAUCCGUGUCCUUGGUGCUUGGUUAGCUGAAGAAACGGCUGCUAAUAAGGAGGAAGUUUAUGCAACAAUACCAUUUAUAAUCAAAACUUGUAGGUAUAACUUUGAUUGGAACAAUAAAAAGGCUGCCUUAAAAUCCAAAAAGAAAAGCCAGUCAAAAGUUAGUUCAAAAGACGAUGAUGAAAAUUUACCCGAUAUCUUUAGGUUCCUUUUACCUGGUUUGUGUCAUCUCACAGCAGAAGAUAAACCAAGAUCUCUUUUAUUGGAGCUUGAGUUAGAAAAUCUCUUAUUUGAAUAUUUACAUUAUCACUGGAAUAGCAUAAGAUGUGUAUUUGGGCCUCAAAGCAAAACAGAGGAGUUAGAAAUGCCAGCAGAUAUAGUCAAUUCAGCCACAGAAGCCAUGGAAACAAUCUGUAACAUUUUUAUGAAUAUUGUGGUGCAAGAACCAGAAAAGGUCAAGAUAGAUCCAUUCUAUUAUUCCCUACUUAAAUUCAUAUUCAUGAAAGUGCCGGACAUUCCCUCAGAGAGUCCGCACCUCAGAUUGUGUGGAAACUUUUCAAUUCUUGGGUUAAUGAUACUUAGGCACCAACAUCCAAAUGUGAAAAGCACUGACUUCACCAUUUUUAGAUUUGUGCAGACCACUGUGCGUUUCCUCUGGGAUGCCCAUAAUGUCGAGGAGAGUCAUGAUUAUGCCACUUUAGUCGUUUCCACAAAAUACGAAUCUCACUGGGGAAGCCUGAUGGACUUGUGGUUCCUCGGAAUGCACACCCUCAGUCUUCUCCUCCCGUCAAUUCCUUGGCUGUGCGACUUCUUGAUAGAAAGCGAGUGGCCACAAACUAUUAUCCUUACCCUCAUAUCAGUCAGAGAGGGUGGUUUAGACCCAGGCCUAAAGAGCGCUCUGGAGGACUUCCUCUGCCUUCUGGCCAAGUCCUCUAGAGCUGCUUUCAAUAUCAUGAAGGAGAAAGGAGUUGAUCAGGUUUGUAAGAAUCACAAAUUUGAAGAGUUGUCAAAAGUGUUUAGUUUGAGCACUACAAAGAGUGAAAAAGCUGUAGUUUCAUGGUGCUAUCUUAAUAGUUGUGGUGUUUUGAACGAACCUGUGUCAGAAUAUGAUUUCAACUUAGGAGCCUGUCUGGUACUGUACAUAGAAAAUGGCCAGUUUUGUUUAGAAAAGGUGUCACAGAUCAUUAGUUGCUAUGCCUCUGCAGAUGUCUCUAGAGCUGUGGUCCCCAACCCCUACCUCGCGCACCGCAAGACUAUUAUGGUACCAGAACGAACCAGCCAGAAAAUGUUACCAUAUCGAGCAUUUCCAGGCGCCCCUGCUUUGUCUACGAGACAUACGUACAGUGUCAACGCGAGUGAUCAGGUAGUGCGCGAGGUCCCGCUGGCACAAGAUAAAAACGACGGCUUAGCGACCCCCUGCAUUCUAAGAGAAUUUGAAAUUAACCCUGUAGCGUCAUGGCUUCAAAACAAAGGCUUUUCCGCAGAAGAAAGCCAGGACAUAACCAAGGAGUUCCUUCAGGAGUUUCGACAAGCUCCGGCUCCCGAUUUCGAAACAGAUGAAGCCGGACUGGACAAGUGGCGGCAGGACAUCUGGGCGCGAGUUUUACCAGAGGAUCGGCAUGAAAUCUUAGACGAGCUGUACUCGCUAUGGAAGUCAGAAAGACUAAACCAGCUGUCCUUGAAACCGAGUGUAACCAGCAUGCUCGACGAACUUGCGACUGACUUCAACCUAGGACUUAUCACCAAUGGACCAUCUGUUGCUCAAUGGGAAAAGAUAAACGAAAUAGGCUGCAAGAAGUAUUUCGACUCCAUCAUCGUUAGUGGAGAUCUGGAAGUUGAGAAACCUGAUAAGGAUAUAUAUCAUAUGGCUUGUGGAGAACUGCAGGUGAGACCUUCCGAAUGCAUCAUGGUCGGCGACAAACUGGAGACCGACAUCCUAGGAGGCCUGAACGCCGGCCUGGCAGCGACGGUCUGGAUCAACAGCAAGAACAAAGACCCGUCUAAGGAAGUCCAGCCAGCCUUCACCAUAAACGACGUGACGCAACUCCCUGACAUCCUGCCCAACCUGACUACGAUUCUACAGACGGAGGAUCAAACCCAUGGUUGCGAUUGAUGGCGUGUGACAUGCGUGAUAGUCUUUUGUUUUAUCUAUAGGGAGUCCAGUGUUAGUGAUUCAGGAUGGUGUUAUUGAUUGUGAUUUGUUUGAUAUCGCCCGUGCGCACGGACAGAGAGGGCUCGUUGCUGUGUCAUGCACCAAGGACACUUUUCUGCAUACCACGGUAGACACACAUACACACACGCGCACACGCACACGCACGCGCGCACACACACACACACACACACACACACACACACACACACACACACACACACACACACACACACAAACAUACACAAACACGCACAAACACACACAAUCUCUCUCUCUCUCUCU